UUUACAUCAGGAACCCCAUCACAGUCCCUCCUUACAUCAGGGUCCUCAUCAGAGUCCUCCUUACAUCAGCGUCCCCAUCAAAGUUCCCCUUACAUCAGGAUCCCCAUCAGAGUCUCCCCUUACAUCAGGGUCCCCAUCAGAGUCCUCUUCACAUCAGGAUCCCCAUCAGAGUCCUCUUCACAUCAGGGUCCCCAUAUAAAGUCCCUCUUACAUCAGGAUCCCCAUCAGAAUCCCCCUUACAUCAGGGUCCCCAUCAGAGUCCCCCCCCUUACAUCAGGAUCCCUAUCAGAGUCCCCCCGUACAUCAGGGUCCCCAUCAGAAUCCCCCUUACAUCAGGGUCCCCAUCAAAGUCCCCCUUACAUCAGGAUCCCCAUCAGAGUCUCCCCUUACAUCAGGGUCCCCAUCAGAAAUCCCCCUUACAUCAGGGUCCCCAUCAGAGUCCCCCCUUACAUCAGG